AACAUUGUUUCUUGUCAUCAAAUCUGUAUAAUUUAUAGCAAAAGAUUCUUAAAUUCUUUCAAGUGUUACAGUAGAUUUCUGUGUGUAGAACAAUGUUUACCUAAAACACAUUGCAUCUUCACAAUACUUUUAGAAAUAUGUAUUAUACAAAAAGAGGAUGUAUAUAUCGUAGCGUUUGUACAAUCAACUUAACAUUCCUUGUUCAGAAAGAGAGAUAUUGAGAACAUUUCAUUUUUUACAGAUGGAAGUGGAGUGUCGGUUCCUAUGCCCCCUACAUUUGAAAAAAUAAAAGAGGAGAUACUGAAGAAGAUUGAAUCUGGAGAUAUUCUAUUAGGAUCUUUGGUUGAGCCAAAAAAAUAUAAAAAAGCUGUGAUAAAGAAUGGAGUGAUUUUCAAUGAAGAAUUCACAGUAUCUGGUCGUUGUAUACCACUGAGUGACAUUCGCAGAAAGAUUUUUGAAGAACAUCAAAGUUUGGGGAUUAUGAGAAAUCCAAAAGGUGCUUUGACAAGAUACUUCAUACUAUGGUCUGAUCAUGCAUCACUUUUGAGUGCUGGCCAUUUACUAUUGACUGUCAAAGUUGUUUACGAUGACAAGUUAUUUUAUACAGAUGAGGAAAUGUAUGCAAAAACAGGAAUUUGUCAUGAUGUUCAAGAACUUGUGGAGCGUCCAUCCGUUUAUAUUAUUGGUUUUGCCCAGGAUAGCAUUGCAGAGAAGCUUUCAUAUGUCGAAACCAGACUUAAUGACAUUAGAAAAUUGUCUGACCCAUUAAUUGUCAAUGAUAAGAAAGUGGUUGAUGUGAUAAGGUUUUUUCAUGGUGACCAUCCUGAAAUACAAUACGAGAGUGGUAACUCUCAUGGUGGAAACUUUCCCUGUCUUUGUGGAUGCAAAAAAUCAAGAUUUACAGAUAUAGCCCAUGUCUACAGUAACAAAAUAGUGUCCUUGGAACAAAGAAGGAAGAAGGUAAUAUCAGGCCCAGCAGGACAACAACAAAAAGCUGUGUCUCCAUUUCAACAACUCAAUGUGGAGAAACUGGGUCUUGAAGUAAAUUACAGAAACCUUGACCGUGACUUACCAGUUCAUCAAAAGUUGCACAAAAAGGACCUUGAACAGCUACUAAAAAAUCAUUUGACAGGAAUUAUCCGUGUUCCAGCUCUUUGCUUUGGAAAUGAACAUAGUACAAUGGAGUCCUUGAAUCUUGCUAAUUAUGAAGUGAUGCCGAUUGAACCACUGCAUGAUUGUAAAGGACAUAUCAAGAAUUUGUGGGAUGUUUUGCAUGAAGUAUUGACACCUCAAGAGAAUAAAAUUUUUCAACAGUCCCUAGAUGCCACAUAUGGUUCGAAGGACAAGGUGAGAGGAUCUGACUAUCGGCUGUCAUCAAUAGUUGUUUACCAAUCAAUGCAAAGCACUUGCAGAAAGGAAAUCAAAGAGUUGUUGUACACAUUGAUGGAGCUAGUUCGGUUAUCAUAUCUUAAAUCCCAAAAAAGGUCCCCACGAAUUAUUCUACGAUUACAUAAUAUUAGUUUCCAGCAUGCCAUGUUGUGCCAAGAUCUGUUUGGGCAUAAUCUAUGUGAUAAUUAAAUAUA